GGAGUUUGUGGUUAAAAUGGCGGCGAUUUUGUAGAAGAAAUCCCACAAUAUCUUUGUGUGACUAAGGGUAUUAAUUUGCCUCCAAAACAAGUUAGAUUGUCGCCGAAAUAUGGGGGUGAAGAAGAAAGCAAAAGAACCAGAGACUCCUGCGAAAGAUGAGGUUGGUAUUUCUAUGCAAACUGUACACCAUUUUUCGCAAAGAGACUUUCUCGCUGGGUGUUCUUGACUUCUGUAGUUGUAUAUUAUCGCUCUAUUUAAAAUGACCGAUAGUUAUGUUUUUAGACCAAUCCGUCUUAACACCCCAUAAUGGAGUAAAUAAUCACACACUGCUUUUGUUGACAAGUGCAAUAAUAAGGUCAACGCACGGAUAUAAGUACCUCAUUAACGAUUGGUAUGGCCAUAUAUUUGUACUUACAGUUCGACCCCCUGGAUAUUGUUAGCAAGAAGCCCCAUACAGUUGUUCUUAUGUUAGACUCUCCAGAAGAACAUGUUCUUCAGUCAGCUUGUGAAGCAUUGUACAAGUUUGCAGAAAAAUGUAAGUUAGAUCGUCUUUCCUUCAUUUUUGCUCUUUUAUUUAUCAGAUUUAUAGAUAGGAAUAUUUGUGGAAUGUCUUAAAUUUCCUGGACACAAUGAAGAAGGUGGAUGUACACAGGGUAACCAGACUGAAACUUUUGAACAUUUCUUAUUUGCUACUUAGGUGAUGAGAACAGACAGGAGCUUUUGAAUCUUGGGGCACUGGAACUUCUGUUAAAACAGGUUUUAUCAGAAGACAAGGUUGUCAGAAGGAAUGCUACCAUGUGUCUUGGAACUAUGGCUCAAAAUGGUUAGCACAAUAGAGCCUUGCACUUCAUGAUUAUACUGUACAUAAAUGUAAAAAAUAGCAGUGAUUUUGCUACAAAUAAGUAAGGUGAGUCCUGGGACUGAGUCCCAGUGCAGAACCAAUGAGUCCCAGUUCAAAAACAACACAUAGUCCUAAACUGGGGAUGAGCAGUGAAAGUGGUGGUAGUCCUAAAUUGAAAAUGUCUGGGCCUUUAAAUAACCAGACAGUUUUAUCAUUUUUUAAAAUCUGAAGGCAGAUUUCAAAACUCUUUUUUACAGCGUACUGAAAAAUAUAGUCCUUCUAUUUUAUAGCACAAUAAUAAAGACUGAUAUAAAUAUGCAUCGUUAAACAACAGCUAAAGAAAUUACAGGAACAGGAUAUUCUAACUGAUUACGUCUUCAGAUCAAUCAAUCUUUGCAAUCCUACAGGACUCAUGUCAUGAAUUAUUUUGUCUUCGGGGAUUUUUAUAUGUUGGGGACUCAAGACGCAGAGGUAACAAAAUCACUGAAAUUAUAGUUUUAAUUAACUGAUUUGGCAAGGUAAUGAGCCACCUGUAAAGAUUCAAAAGUUGAUUUUUGGAGUACUAACCCAUUAUAAAAAUGAAUUACUAACAGCAAUAGUAAGUAUAAACCACAGGCCCAAUACCCCUACUUUUAACUAUUUUUUGAGAAUAAUUUUUUAAAGAUUUUUUAUUCUAAUUUUUUAAACACAGCUACUUAAACUAAUUUUUUUUCACUUCAGCAAAUGUUAAAAAAGAACUCCGGAAGUUGUCCUGUAUUCAGCCACUGGUGACACUGCUUGGACCUGAUGGUAAGUUGAUGUCAAAAUAACCAUAAUUAUUAUUGUAGCAAAAAAAAUUAAAAAGAAAAGAGUGAAAAAUUACUGUGACUCAUAGAGAAUUGCUAUUUUUAAUUUUUGAUUUUUCUGUUGAUUAUUUAGAGGAUGUUUUAUGCCAUGAAUUUGCAAGUUUGGCACUUUCAUCAAUGGCAGGUAAGUUAAUAAAUUAUAGAAUGACACCAUAAAGCAUUUCUUAUUGCUUAGAAGAUGUUGAAAUACUAGUAAGGCAAUAUUUCAGACUGUGUAUGACAGAAUAAUAAUAUUUUUAUCUACUUUAAUAAAUUCAUGUUUCAGACACCCAGCGGUGUACAGAAAAGUUUCAAAAACAGCUGUUGGCAGGAGUCCUGCUAUGCUUAUUAUAUGACUUGUUUAUUUUAAAUGUUUUUUCCUUGUAGCUGAGUUUUCUUGCAAAGUGGAGAUAUUUGAACAGGGAGGCCUUGAGCCCAUCAUAAAACUUCUUUCCUCCACUGACUGUGAUGUGCAGGUACGAAGACUGAGAAGAAUCAGAUCUCAGGGCUAAAUUUAAUCUCCUUUAGGAAGAGUUGAACAAAGAAUGCUUACCAUUCUGUAACAUUUAGUUAAUUAUUAAAUAAUAAAAAAUCAUGCUUAUGCAAGGAUCUUUUUCAUCAGCAAAUAAUUGGUCCAUGUAGUUCUCUGCAGUCUGUACAUGUUUAGGAAAUUAAGUAAUAAAAUUUCUGGUUAUAUACACAGCUGUAUGCAUAGUAAUCUUCUUACAGUAGGAAAAAAGUUUCAUCCUGGAGCUCAUCCCAGUUUCCUUCUCAUGAAGCAUGCUAUGGAUGGGAUGCUAGUCCAUCGCAGGGUUACCCCCCAGCAGUAUGUUGCUGGUACCCAUUUUAUACACCUGGGUGAAAAGAGAUGAAGUGGAGUAAAGGUCCUUGUCUAAGGAAACAAUGCGACAGCGAGGCUUGAACCCUAGACCUCUAAACCCCAAGUUCAAUGUGUUAACUGCUUGGCCACACGUGCCUCCAUGCUAACACUAGGGGACUCUUAGAUUUUUCAAAAUUUAAGGGGGCUCUGAACCUCUUCCAGUCAGUUUUUUUAUACUCUACAGCCUUCACAGUAGUAGUAAUGGGUGUGCCCAGUGGCAGAUGUGAUUUACUUGUAUAAUAAGCACAUAAAGCUUAAACUUAAGUGUUUCAUAACUGUAAAUUGUUGCUAUGGUAACCUUUUUAUAUCAAAAUAAUUAUUUUGGACAUUAGUUAUCCACCAAUUAAAGGGAUUUACUGGUUGUGAUGAUUAUUAGAGCAUCAUUAAUUUUAUUGUUUUAAAAUGUACGUGGAACUUGGCUGAUUUAUCACAGUAUGAGUUCUGAAAGAUACUGGCCAGGAAACAUUAUUUUCUAAUGACAUCAGGAAUCCAUUAUUGGGCUCCUUAUAAUACAAAGGAAUGCUGAUGUAAUAAUCCAUUUAUAAUAAAGAUCCAAUAUUUUUGGCCCCAGUUUAACUACAGUAAAAAGUAUGGGUGAAGACCUUGAUACAUGAUAUGCCCAAAUAAAUGGAGACAUUAACAGUCCCUGGUACUUUAGGUUUCACUGUCAAAUAUUUUUACGUUUCUCAGAAAAACUCAGUCGAAGCCAUUUCACUGCUAGUUCAAGAUUACCACAGCAGAUCUGCCAUACGAGAAAUGAAUGGUGAGUAUCAGUGGACUGUUAUAAUAAUUAGUAGACUGUGAAUUUGUUAACUGUGAGUGUGCUAUUAGUUCCUCUGGCCUCAAGUCUUAAUUAAGUGGCAUAUUUGUUCCCUCGCUAUGUUACUCUGAAAUGACAGCUGUCUCCUCACCCCAGGGGUCUUACAACCAGGGGUUCUUACAACCAGUCUAUUGUGGCCCCUUCUCCGACUAAACUAAUAAACUGGAUAUAAUUAUCUCAUUAUUAGGUCAUUAUUAACUGUUAUUAAAAUGAAGUUAUGAAUACAUGAAAAUCAUAGCUUGAAUUUUUUUUUCACAACUGCAAAAGUUGCAUCUAUAGCUGCAAUGAUCUUCAUAUUAUUGUCAGUACAAUAUUAGAACAUUUAUUUAAUGAAUGGAUUUUAUUCUCUGAUUAUUGCUCUUAGGGUUGCAACCUCUUUUGGCAUUGCUUGAUUCAGAGUAUGCCAUCAUUCAACAGCUGGCACUGGAAAGUUUGAUCCAAAUUACACUUGAUGGUAAUUGAUUAAUACAGUGUUUAUUGUUAUUUAUAGUCUUAUAUAAUUUUAUUUAAGAAAAGUAAAAUUAUAUACAAGUGUGCUCUAAGAAAAACUGAGCCCAAGAAUUCAGGAUGUCCAAUAAAAUUGUACAUGUAUACUUGUAAAUAAGUUUUAAAAGUGGUCUUUUUUGUCACCCUUGGGCGAAUUAAAUAUCUGUAUUUAAGCUGCAAUGUAGAUGUCAUCAGGAAAGUAGUGCUAGUGAACAUUAUGCCGCAUUCCGUAGAAAACCUGUGGGGACUAGUUUUGCAUUUUUUCUUUUACCAGCUGAUAACAGAGGAGCUUUGAGGGACCUUGAAGGACUUGAAAAACUUGUUGAAUUUGUUGGAAAUAAGGUCAGUGUUGAAAAUACUUUUGUCAAAUUGGGGAAAUGAAAAAAUAUAUACAUGUGUCUAAUGUGUGACUUCUUGCAGGAAUAUGAGGAUUUACAUGUGCAAGCUUUGCAAGUUUUGUCAAACUGUCUUCAGGAUGUAGAGAGUAUGCAGGUAGUUUACCUUUUAUUUCUCACAUGUUUAAUGGACUUUUUUUAGUAAUGUAAAGUAUGGGUAGUCUUUCUCGAAGUCCUUCCCUGUUACAGCUGUAUGCAUUCAGUUUUUGCACUUUGCUUACACUUUUUGCCUUCCUCACAUGACUUUUGCAGCUCAAUUUUUAGAGAAGUUUAGAUAGGAGAUCACUCUUUGUUGGCAUUCGUUCUAAAAUUUGCUUCAUGGGAUAGAUUUAAAAAGGUUUAGAGAGCAAAAAUGUCUGAACAUUAAGUUCCUUCCUUCCUAGCCCUUCACUAUUGGCUUCUAGAUUGUUGCUUGAAACUUUGAAUCUUUUUAGCUUAUUCAGACCUCUGGUGGAUUACAAAAACUUCUUGCAUUUGCUGCCGAGUCCACUAUUCCUGAAGUCCAGCAGCAUGCGGUAUGUUCUUUUAAUCAUUAUGUUUAACCAGAAGCAUAUGAUUCUGGUUUAAGACAUAAAUCAUUCUCAGUAAAUGUGCAUGUAGUCUUAAUUUGGUGGAACAGUUACCAACAAAAAUCAAGAGCUAAAGCCUCAAAUUGUGAUGAUCCUUAGGUCAUUCAAGCCCCUGGCAAGAUUGUAGCUCACAAUAAGCCUUUCCCGGGGCUUAGAGUUUGGGGAAAAACCUGUCAUAGCUGUUAUGUGAAAGGCCUAUAGAAAAAUAAUUUUAUAUUUUAAAUUGGUUAAAUGCUAGCCUGAAUUUCAGCGGCCUUUUUGAGUUGCAAUCUCCCAAGAGAGAUAACGCCUCUUCCCAGGUAACUGAGCGAGCAGAGGAGUCAGAUAAAAUUCAGGCCAGAAGAAUGCUAAAAAAAUCCAACCUUUCGACAUGUUUGUGUAUUGAUUUUGUUAGGAGAAAAUUGAUAUGGGCUACCCUUGGGACUAAAAGGGUUAGGACUUGAAGAGUGAACUGCCAGUUUAUUGAACAUCCUCAUACACUUACAGACCCCACAGAUCUGUACUGUGGAAUUAUUUUAACAAGAAAGACUGAAGCUAAAUUUUCAACCUUGUUUUAUCAUGGUUAAAGACACUCAAUUUGAAAGAACUCUUUUACUGUUGUACUUCCCCCUGAAAUGACCUGCGCGGAUAAGUGUGCUAAGGAAAGGUAUGGUUACCAGAAAGGCUAGCUAUGUAUAUUUAUGUUUCUUAUAACUUUGCCUUAUUUCAGGCAAAAGCUAUAGCCUUGGCAGCAAAGAACGGUAAGCUUGAGUUCUUUAAGUUUCCAGUUUAUUUAUGUCCAGAUCUUGGAGUUUUGGCAUAAUUAAGCACUUCAGCAUAAAAAAUAAUAAUGCACUCCAAGAUUUUGUUGAUUGCCAUGUUUCAUUUUAUUGGUUUGUUUUUCCUUUACAAUUUAUCAAAGCCUCCUUAGGCAUCCAGCCCUAAUAACCACUCUUGUCUAAAGUCACUGGACUCAACAGGAAUCUAACAGAUGCUAUUUUUCUUAGGUGAAAAUCGAAAGAUAUUCCAUGAGCAAGAAUGCGAGAAAACAUUGAUAACACUUCUUGCUACCGAUGUGAGUUAUGGCAGAAACCUGUUACCCUAAUAAGCUCCUUUUUCUGGUUAUUGUUGUUGUUUCACAUUUUGUUUCUUACAUAGAUGGCGAGCAGUCUCUCUUUUUAAUCGGAUUUUGUGAGGGAAGUGCACAAGUGCCCAAGCAUUGAGCGGCAAAGCCUCGAGAUGCAAACAAGGGCAGCACCCCAAGGAAAAAAGCAGAGAGUCUCUUUAUUCAUUCCAGUUACGCACCUGGUCAUUUUUGUCUCCCGUGUUUCACUGGACAAACUAAAACCUAAAGAGACUGCUCGUAGUCUGUGUCUUUCAUGUCAGCAUGACUGACAUCUUAAUCUUCCUAGACAUCCCUUCUCAUCCCAGUCAUCCCUAGUCAUCCCUAGUCAUCCCAGUCAUCCCUAGUCAUCCCUAGUCAUCCCAGUCAUCCUUAGUCGUCCAUAGUAAUCCCUAGUCAUCCCUAGUCAUCCCAGUCAUCCCUAGUCAUCCCCAGUAAUCCCUAGUCAUCCUUAGUCAUCCAUAGUCAUCCUUAGUUAUCCCUAGUCGUAUCUAGUGAUCUCUAGUCAUCCCUAGUCAUCCCAGUCAUCCUUAGUCAUCCCCAGUCAUCCAAGUCAUCCCCAGUCAUCCCUAGUCAUCCCUAGUCAUCCCUGUCAUCCCUAGUCAUCCCUAGUCUUCCCUAGUCAUCCCAGUCAUCCCUAGUCAUCCCUAGUCAUCCCUAGUCAUCCCAGUCAUCCCUAGUCAUCCCAGUCAUCCCUAGUCAUCCCAGUCAUCCCCAGUCAUCCCUAGUAAUCCUUAGUCAGCACAGUCAUCCCUAGUCAUCCCUAGUCAUCCCUAGACAUCCCAGUCAUCCCUAGUCAUCCCUAAUGAUCCCUAGUCAUCCCAGUCAUCCCAGUCAUCCCUAGGCAUCCCUAGGCAUCCCUCGUCAUCGCAAGUCAUCCCAGGCAUCCGUAGUCAUCCCAGUCAUCCCCAGUCAUCCCUAGUCAUUCCUAGUCAUCCCUAGUCAUCCCUAAACAUCCCAGUCAUCCCUAGUCAUCCCUAGUCAUCCCAGUCAUCCCUAGUCAUCCCAGUCAUCCUUAGUCAUCCCCAGUCAUCCCUAGUCAUCUCUAGUCAUCCCUACUCAUCCCAAGUCAUCCCAGUCAUCCUUAGUCAUCCCUAGUCCUCCCUAGUCAUCUCUAGUCAUCCCUAGUCAUCCCAGUCAUCCUUAGUCAUCCCCAGUCAUCCCUAGUCAUCUCUAGUCAUCCCAGUCAUCCCUACUCAUCGCAAGUCAUCCCAGUCAUCCUUAGUCAUCCCUAGUCCUCCCUAGUCAUCUCUAGUAAUCCCUAGUCAUCCCAGUCAUCCUUAGUCAUCCCCAGUCAUCUUAGUCAUCCCCAGUCAUCCCUAGUCAUCCCAGUCAUCCCUACUCAUCCCAAGUCAUCCCAGUCAUCCUUAGUAAUCCCUAGUCAUCCCUGUCAUCCCUAGUCAUCCCAGUCAUCCCUAGUCAUCCCUAGUCAUCCCUAGCCAUCCGUAGUCAUCCCAGUCAUCCCUAGUCAUCCCUAGUCAUCCCUAGUCAUCCCAGUCAUCCUUAGUCAUCCCUAGUCAUCCCAGUCAUCCUUAGUCAUCCAUAGUCAUCCCUAGUCAUCCCUAGUCAUCCCUAGUCAUCCGAGACAUUCCUAGUCAUCCCAGUCAUCCUUAGUCAUCCCCAGUUAUCCCAGUCAUCCCCAGUCAUCCCUAGUCAUCCCUAGUCAUCCCAGUCAUCCCUACUCAUCCCAAGUCAUCCCAGUCAUCCUUAGUCAUCCCUAGUCAUCCCUGUCAUCCCUAGUCAUCCCAGUCAUCCCUAGUCAUCCCUAGUCAUCCCUAGUCAUCCCCAGUCAUCCCUAGUCAUCCCUAGUCAUCCCUAGUCAUCCCUAGUCAUCCCAGUCAUCCCUUGUCAUCUCUAGUCAUCCCAGUCUUCCUUAGUCCUCCAUAGUAAUCCCUAGUCAUCCCUAGUCAUCCCAGUCAUCCCUAGGGAUCCCUAGUGAUCUCUAGUCAUCCCAAUCAUCUCUAGUCAUGCCCAGUCAUCCCUAGUCAUCCCUAGUCAUCCCUAUUCAUCCCAGUCAUCCCUAGUCAUCCCAGUCAUCCCCAGUCAUCCCUAGUCAUCACUAGUCAUCCCUAGUCAUCCCUAGUCAUCCCAGUCAUCCCCAGUCAUCCCUGGUCAUUCCUAGUCAUCCCUAGUCAUCCCUAGUCAUCUCAGUCAUCCCUAGUCAUCCCUAGUCAUCCCUAGUCAUCCCAGUCAUCCCUAGUCAUCCCAGUCAUCUUUAGUCAUCCCUAGUCAUCCCAGUCAUCCCCAGUCAUCCCUAGUCAUCCCUAGUCAUCCCAGUCAUCCCUACUCAUCGCAAGUCAUCCCAGUCACCCUUAGUCAUCCCUAGUCGUCCCUAGUCAUCUCUAGUCAUCCCUAGUCAUCCCAGUCAUCCUUAGUCAUCCCCAGUCAUCUUAGUCAUCCCCAGUCAUCCCUAGUCAUCCCUAGUCAUCCCAGUCAUCCCUAGUCAUCCCUAGUCAUCCCUGUCAUCCCCAGUCAUCCCAGUCAUCCCUAGUCAUCCCUUGUCAUCCCUGGCCAUCCCUAGUCAUCCCAGUCAUCCCUAGUCAUCCCUAGUCAUCCCUAGUCAUCCCUGUCAUCCCUAGUCAUCCCUAGUCAUCCCAGUCAUCCUUAGUCAUCCAUAGUCAUCCCUAGUCAUCCCAGAUAUCCCUAGUCAUCCCAGUCAUCCUUAGUCAUCCCCAGUCAUCCCAGUCAUCCCCAGUCAUCCCUAGUCAUCCCUAGUCAUCCCUAGUCAUCCCAGUCAUCCCUAGUCAUCCCUUGUCAUCCCUGGCCAUCCCUAGCCAUCCCAGUCAUCCCUAGUCAUCCCAGUCAUCCUUAGUCAUCCCCAGUCAUCCCUAGUCAUCUCUAGUCAUCCCAGUCAUCCCUACUCAUCGCAAGUCAUCCCAGUCAUCCUUAGUCAUCCCUAGUCCUCCCUAGUCAUCUCUAGUCAUCCCUAGUCAUCCCAGUCAUCCUUAGUCAUCCCCAGUCAUCCCUAGUCAUCUCUAGUCAUCCCAGUCAUCCCUACUCAUUGCAAGUCAUCCCAGUCAUCCUUAGUCAUCCCUAGUCCUCCCUAGUCAUCUCUAGUAAUCCCUAGUCAUCCCAGUCAUCCUUAGUCAUCCCCAGUCAUCUUAGUCAUCCCUAGUCAUCCCUAGUCAUCCCAGUCAUCCCUACUCAUCCCAAGUCAUCCCAGUCAUCCUUAGUAAUCCCUAGUCAUCCCUGUCAUCCCUAGUCAUCCCAGUCAUCCCUAGUCAUCCCUAGUCAUCCCUAGCCAUCCCUAGUCAUCCCAGUCAUCCCUAGUCAUCCCUAGUCAUCCCUAGUCAUCCCAGUCAUCCCUAGUCAUCCCUAGUCAUCCCAGUCAUCCUUAGUCAUCCCUAGUCAUCCCUAGUCAUCCCUAGUCAUCCCAGACAUCCCUAGUCAUCCCAGUCAUCCUUAGUCAUCCCCAGUUAUCCCAGUCAUCCCCAGUCAUCCCUAGUCAUCCCUAGUCAUCCCAGUCAUCCCUACUCAUCCCAAGUCAUCCCAGUCAUCCUUAGUCAUCCCUAGUCAUCCCUGUCAUCCCUAGUCAUCCCAGUCAUCCCUAGUCAUCCCUAGUCAUCCCUAGUAAUCCCCAGUGAUCCCUAGUCAUCCCUAGUCAUCCCUAGUCAUCCCUAGUCAUCCCAGUCAUCCCUUGUCAUCUCUAGUCAUCCCAGUCUUCCUUAGUCCUCCAUAGUAAUCCCUAGUCAUCCCUAGUCAUCCCAGUCAUCCCUAGGGAUCCCUAGUGAUCUCUAGUCAUCCCAAUCAUCUCUAGUCAUGCCCAGUCAUCCCUAGUCAUCCCUAGUCAUCCCUAUUCAUCCCAGUCAUCCCUAGUCAUCCCAGUCAUCCCCAGUCAUCCCUAGUCAUCACUAGUCAUCCCUAGUCAUCCCUAGUCAUCCCAGUCAUCCCCAGUCAUCCCUGGUCAUUCCUAGUCAUCCCUAGUCAUCCCUAGUCAUCUCAGUCAUCCCUAGUCAUCCCUAGUCAUCCCUAGUCAUCCCAGUCAUCCCUAGUCAUCCCAGUCAUCUUUAGUCAUCCCUAGUCAUCCCAGUCAUCCCCAGUCAUCCCUAGUCAUCCCUAGUCAUCCCAGUCAUCCCUACUCAUCCCAAGUCAUCCCAGUCACCCUUAGUCAUCCCUAGUCGUCCCUAGUCAUCUCUAGUCAUCCCUAGUCAUCCCAGUCAUCCUUAGUCAUCCCCAGUCAUCUUAGUCAUCCCCAGUCAUCCCUAGUCAUCCUUAGUCAUCCCAGUCAUCCUUAGUCAUCCCUAGUCAUCCCUGUCAUCCCCAGUCAUCCCAGUCAUCCCUAGUCAUCCCUUGUCAUCCCUGGCCAUCCCUAGUCAUCCCAGUCAUCCCUAGUCAUCCCUAGUCAUCCCUAGUCAUCCCAGUCAUCCCUAGUCAUCCCUAGUCAUCCCAGUCAUCCUUAGUCAUCCAUAGUCAUCCCUAGUCAUCCCAGACAUCCCUAGUCAUCCCAGUCAUCCUUAGUCAUCCCUAGUCAUCCCAGUCAUCCCCAGUCAUCCCUAGUCAUCCCUAGUCAUCCCUAGUCAUCCCAGUCAUCCCUAGUCAUCCCUAGUCAUCCCAGUCAUCCUUAGUCAUCCAUAGUCAUCCAUAGUCAUCCCUAGUCAUCCCAGACAUCCCUAGUCAUCCAAGUCAUCCUUAUUCAUCCCCAGUCAUCCCAGUCAUCCCCAGUCAUCCUUAGUCAUCCCUAGUCAUCCCAGUCAUCCCUACUCAUCCCAAGUCAUCCCAGUCAUCCUUAGUCAUCCCUAGUCAUCCCUGUCAUCCCUAGUCAUCCCAGUCAUCCCUAGUAAUCCCUAGUCAUCCCUAGUCAUCCCCAGUCAUCCCUAGUCAUCCCUAGUCAUCCCUAGUCAACCCUAGUCAUCCCAGUCAUCCCUAGUCAUCCCUAGUCAUCCCAGUCAUCCUUAGUCAUCCCUAGUCAUCCCUGUCAUCCCAGUCAUCCCUAGUCAUCCCUAGCCAUCCCUAGUCAUCCCACUCAUCCCUAGUCAUCCCUAGUCAUCCCUAGUCAUCCCAGUCAUCCCUAGUCAUCCCUAGUCAUCCCAGUCAUCCCUAGUCAUCCCUAGUCAUCCCUAGUCAUCCCUAGUCAUCCCAGACAUCCCUAGUCAUCCCAGUCAUCCUUAGUCAUCCCCAGUCAUCCCAGUCAUCCCAGUCAUCCCUAGUCAUCCCUAGUCAUCCCAGUCAUCCCUACUCAUCCCAAGUUAUCCCAGUCAUCCUUUGUCAUCUUUAGUCAUCCCUGUCAUCCCUAGUCAUCCCAGUCAUCCCUAGUCAUCCCUAGUCAUCCCCAGUCAUCCCUACUCAUCCCUAGUCAUCCCUAGUCAUCCCUAAUCAUCCCAGUCAUCCCUAGUCAUCCCUAGUCAUCCCAGUCAUCCUUAGUCCUCCCUAGUAAUCCCUAGUCAUCCCUAGUCAUCCCAGUCAUCCCUAGGGAUCCCUAGUCAUCCCUAGUCAUCCCAGUCAUCUCUAGUCAUCCCUAGUCAUCCCUAGUCAUCCCUAGUCAUCCCUAGUCAUCCCAGUCAUCCCUAGUCAUCCCAGUCGUCCCCAGUCAUCCCUAGUCAUCACUAGUUAUCCGUACUCAUCCCAGUCAUCCCUAGUCAUCCCAGUCAUCCUUAGUCAUCCGCAGUGAUCCCAGUGAUCCCCAGUCAUCCCCAGUCAUCCCUAGCCAUCCCCAGUCAUCGCAAGUCAUUCCAGUCAUCCGUAGUCAUCCCAGUCCUCCCCAGUCAUUCCUAGUCAUUCCUAGUCAUCCCUAGUCAUCUCUAGUCAUCCCAGUCAUCCCUAGUCAUCCCUAGUCAUCUCUAGUCAUCCCAGUCAUCCCUAGUCAUCCCUAGUCAUCCCAGUCAUCCCUACUCAUGCCAAAUCAUCGCAGUCAUCCUUAGUCAUCCCUAGUCGUCCAUAGUCAUCUCUAGUCAUCCCUAGUCAUCCCAGUCAUCCUUAGUCAUCCCCAGUCAUCUUAGUCAUCCCUAGUCAUCCCUAGUCGCCCCUAGUCAUCUCUAGGCAUCCCUAGUCGUCCCAGUCAUCCUUAGUGAUCCCCAGUCAUCCCAGUCAUCUCCAGCCAUCCCUAGUCAUUCCUAGUCAUCCUUAGUCAUCCCUAGUCAUCCCAGUCAUCCUUAGUCAUCCAUAGUAAUCCCUUGUCAUUCUUAGCCAUCCCAGUCAUCCCUAGGCAUCCCUAGUGAUCCCAGUCAUCCUUAGUCAUCAAUAGUCAUCCCCAGUCAUCCUUAGUCAUCCCCGUCAUCCCUAGUAAUCCCAGUCAUCCUUAGUCAUCUCUAGUCAUCUCUAGUCAUCCCAGUUAUCCCUAGUCAUCCCUAGUCAACCCUAGUCAUCCCAGUGAUCCCUAACCAUCCCUAGUCAUCCCUAGUGAUCCCUAGUUAUUCAAAGCCAUCCCUGGUAAUCCCUAGUCACCCCUAGUCAUUUGAAGUCAUCCCCGUCAUCCCUAGUCAUCCGAGUCAUCAGCAGUCAUCCCUAGUCAUCACUAGUCAUCCCUAGUCAUCCUUAGUCAUCUUAGUCAUCCCUAGUCAUCCCAAGUGAUCCCUAGUGAUGCUACUCAUUUUUAGUCAUCCCAGUCAUUCUUACUCAUCCCUAGUCAUCCCUAGUCAUCCCAGUCAUCCCAGUCAUCCUUAAACAUCCCUAGUCAUCCCAGUCAUCCUUAGUCAUCCCUAGUCAUCCCUAGUCAUCUUUAGUCUUCCUUAGUCAUCCCUAGUCAUCCCAGUCAUCCCUAGUCAUCCCUAGUCAUCCCUAGUCACCCCUAGUCUUUCUAAGUCAUCCCUGUCAUCCCUAGUCAUCCCACUUAUCCCGAGUAAUCCCUAGUCAUCACUACUCAUCCCUAGUCAUCCCUAGUUAUCCCAGUCAUCCCCAGUCAUCCCUAGUCAUCCCUAGUCGCCCCUAGUCAUCUGUAGGCAUCCCUAGUUGUCCCAGUCAUCCUUGGUCAUUCCCAGUCAUCCCAGUCAUCUCCAGCCAUCCCUAGUCAUCCCUAGUUAUCCCAGUCAUCCCUAGUCAUCCCUAGUCAUCCCAGUCAUCCUUAGUCAUCCAUAGUCAUCCCCAGUCAUCCUUAGUCAUCCCCGCCAUCCCUAGUAGUCCCAGUCAUCCUUAGUCAUCUCUAGUCAUCUCUAGUCAUCCGAGUAAUCCCUAGUCAUCCCUAGUCAUCCCAGUCAUCCCUAACCAUCCCUAGUCAUCCCUAGUAUCCCUUGUCAUUCAAAGCCAUCCCUAGUCAUCCCUAGUCAUUCGAAGUCAUCCCUAGUCAUCACUAGUCAUCCCUAGUCAUCGUUAGUCAUCUCAGUCAUCCCUAGUCAUCCCAAGUGAUCCCUAGUCAUGCCAAUCAUCCCUACUCAUUCCUAGUCAUCCCAGUCAUCGUUACUCAUCCCUAGUCAUCCCUAGUCAUCCCAGUCAUCCCAGUCAUCCCUAGUCAUCCCAGUCAUCCUUAGUCAUCCCUAGUCAUCCUUAGUCAUCCAUAGUCAUCCCUAGUCAUCCCUAGUGAUCCCUAGUCAUCCCAGUCAUCCCUAGUGAUCCCUAGUCAUCCCAGUCAUUCCUAGUCAUCCCUACUCAUCCCUAGUCAUCCCAAUCAUCCCUAGUCAUCCCAGUCAUCCCCAGUCAUCCCUAGUCAUCUCUAAUCAUCCGUAGUUGUCCCUAGUGAUAUUUGUUGAUCCCUAGUCAUCCCAGUCAUCCCUAGUCAUUUCUAGUCAUGCCAGUCAUCCCUACUCAUCCCAAGUCAUUCCAGUCACCCUUAGUCAUCUUUAGUCAUCCCUGUCAUCGCUAGUCAUCCCAGUCAUCCCUAGUUAUCCCUAGUUAUCCCUCUUCAUCCCUAGUCAUCCCAGUCAUCCUUAGUCAUCCCUUGUCAUCCCUAGUCAUCCCAGUCAUCCCCAGUCAUCCCUAGUCAUCCCAGUGAUUCUUAGUCAUCCCUAGUCAUCUCAGUCAUCCUUAGUCAUCCAUAGUCAUCCCCAGUCAUCCCAGUCAUCCCUAGUCAUCUCAGUCAUCCUUAGUCAUCCCUAGUCAUCCCUAGUCAUCCCUAGUCAUCCCUAGUUAUCCCAGUCAUCCCUACUCAUUCCUGGUCAUCCCAGUCAUCCUUAGUCAUCCAUAGUAAUCCGUAGUCAUCCCUGGUUAUCCCUGGUCAUCCCUAGUCGUCCCAGUCAUCCCUAGUGAUCCCUAGUCUUCCCUUGUCAUCCCUAGUCAUCCCUAGUCAUCCCUAGUCAUCCCUGGUCAUCCCAGUUAUUUCUAGUCAUCCCAGUCAUCCCAGUCCUCCUUAGUCAUCCCUAGUCAUCCUUAGUCAUUUAUAGUCAUCCCUAGUCAUCCCUAGUCUUCCCUUGUCAUCCCAGUCAUCCCUAGUGAUUCCUAGUGAUCCCUAGUCAUCCCAGUCAUCCCUAGUCAUCGCUAGUCAUCCCUAGUCAUCCUUAGUUAUGCUAGUCAUCCCUAGUCAUCCCUAGUCAUCCCUAGUCAUCCCAGUCAUCCCUAGUCAUCCCUAGUCAUGUGUAGUCAUCCCAGUCAUCCCUAGUCAUCCCUAGUCAUCCCUAGUCAUCCCUGUCAUCCCUAGUCAUCCCUAGUUAUUCCUAGUCAUCCCUAGUCAUCCCUAGUCAUCCCAGUCUUCCUUAGCGAUUUAUAGUAAUCCCUAGUCAUCGCAAGUCAUCUUUAGUGAUCCCUAGUCAUCCCAGUCAUCCUUAGUCAUCUUUAGUCAUCCCAGUCAUCCCUAGUGAUCCCUAGUCAUCCCUAGUCAUCCCAGUCAUCCCUAGUCAUCCAUAGUCAUCCCAGUCAUCCCCAGUCAUCCCCAGUCAUCCCUGGUUAUCCCUAGUCACCCGAGUCAUCCCGAGUCAUCCCUAGUCAUCCCUAGUCAUCCCUAGUCAUUCCUAGUCAUCCCUAGUCAUCCCAGUCAUCGUUAGUCAGCCCAAGUCAUCCCUACUCAUCUCAAUCAUCCCUUGUCAUGCCUAGUCAUCCCAGUCAUUUCUAGUCGUCCUUAGUAAUCCCAGUCAUUCCUAGUGAUCCCUAGGCAUUCCUACUCAUCCGUAGUCAUCCCUGGUGAUGGCUAGUCAUCCCUAGUCAUUCGUAGUCAUCCCUAGUCCUUCCAGUCAUCGUUAGUCGUCUCUAGUCAUCCCAGUCAUCCCUAUUCAUCCCUAGUCAUCCUUAGUCAUCCCAGUCAUCCCUAGUCAUCCCAGUCAUCCUUAGUUAUCCCUUGUUAUCCCUAGUCAUCCCAGUUGUCCCUAGUGAUCCCACUUAUCCCUAGUCAUCCCAGUAAUCCCAAGUCAUCCCUAGUCAGCCCUUGUCAUCUCUUUUCAUCUCAAUCAUCCCUAGUCAUGCCUAGUCAUCCCAGUCAUCCCUAGUCGUCCCGAGUCAUCCCAGUCAUCUCCAGUGAUCCCUAGUCAUUCCUAGUCAUCCCUAGUCAUCUCUGGUGAUCCCUAGUAAUCCCUAGUCAUCCUUAGUCAUCCCUAGUCCUACCAGUCAUCCGAGUAAUCCCUAGUCAUCCCUAGCCAUCCUAGUCAUCCCUAGUGAUCCCAAUAAUCCCUAGUCAGCUCUUGUCAUCCCUUUUCAUCUCAAUCAUUCCUAGUCAUGCCUAGUCGUCCCAGUCAUCCCUAGUCGUCCCGAGUCAUCCCAGUCAUCCCUAGUGAUCCCUAGUCAUCCCUAGUUAUCUCUGGUGAUCCCUAGUAAUCCCUAGUCAUCCUUUGUCAUCCCUAGUCCUCCCAGUCAUCCCCGUCAUCCCUAGUCAUCCCAGUCAUCCUCAGUCAUCCCAGUCAUCCCCAGUCAUCCCUAGGUAUCACUAGUCAUGCUUAGUCAUCCCUAGGCAUCUCAGUCAUCCCUAGUCAUCCCUAGUCAUCCCUAGUCAUCUUAGUCAUCGUUAGUCAUCCCUAAUCAUCCUUAGUCAUUCCAGUCAUCCUUAGUCAUCCAUAGUAAUUCCUAGUCAUCCUUAGUUAUGCCAGUCAUCCCUAGUCAUCCCUAGUUAUCCUUAGUCAUCCAUUGUCAUCCCUAGUUAUUCCUAGUCAUCCCUGUGAUCCCUAGUCAUCCCAAGUCAUCCCAGUCUUCCCUAGUCAUCCCUAGUCAUCCGUAGUUAUCCGUAGUCAUCCCUAGUCAUCCGAGUCAUCUUUAGUGAUCCCUAGUCAUCCCACUCAUCUCUUGGCAUCUCAGUCAUCCAUAGUCAUCCCUAUCAUCCUAGUCAUGUCUAGUCAUCUCAGUCAUUUUUAGUGAUCCCUAGUCAUCCCAGUCAUCUCUAGUCAUGCGUUGUCAUCUCAGACAUCUUUAGUCAUCCCUAGUCAUCCCUUGUCAUCUCUAGUCACCCGUAGUCAUCCGUAGUCAUCCGUAGUCAUCCCUAGUCAUCCCAGUCAUUCCUUGUCAUCUCUAGUCAUCCCAGUCAUUCCUAGUCAUCCGUAGUCAUCCAGUCAUCCGUAGUCGUCCCUGUCAUCCCAGUGAUCUCCAGUCAUCCCUAGUCAUUGGUAGUCAUGCCUAGUCAUGCCUGGUCAUCCCAGUCAUCCCUUGUCAUCUCUAGUUAUCUCUAGUUAUUCCAGUCAUCCCUAGUCAUCCCAGUCAUCCCUAGUCAUCCCGAAACUUUCCUAAUCAUCCCUAGUCAUAGCUAGUCAACCCAGUCAUCCUUAGUCAUCCCUAGACAUCCCUAGUCCACCCUAGUCAUCCGUAGUCAUCACUAGUCAUCCCUUGUUAUCCGUAGUCAUUUUGCGUCAUCCCAAUCAUCCCUAGUCAUCCUAGUCAUACCUAGUCAUCCCUUGUCAUUGCCGUUAUCCUUAGUGAUACCUUGUGUUCUUUAGUCAUCCUAGUCAUGUGAGUCAUGCUAGUUAUGGUAGUUAUUCCUAGUGAUCGCGGUCACCCCAGUCAUCCUAGUUAUCCCAGUCAUCCUUAGUGAUCCCUUGUCAUGCCUAGUCAUCCCAGUCAUCGUUAGGUAUUUUAGUCUUCCCAGUCACCCUAGUUUUCCGUAUUUAUCUGACUAAUCCCUAGUCAUCCCAGUCAUCUUAGUGUUCCCUAGUCAUCUCAGUCGUCCCAGUGAGCUCUUAUCGCAGUCAUCGCUUGUCAUGUCAGUCAUCCCAGUUAUCCUAGUCAUCCUAGUCUUCCUUAGUCAUUUCCGCCAUCCCAGUGAUUCUAGGCAUCCCAGUCAUCCCUUGUUAUCCGUAGUCAUCUCUGGUUAUCCCAGCUAUCCUAGUAAACCUAGUCAUCCCAGUCAUCCUUAGUUAGGUUAGUCAUCCAAGUCAUCCUAUAUAGUUUUGCGUAGUCAUCCAAGUAAUCCUUAGUCAUCCUAGUUUUCCCUAGUCAUUAACGUCAUCUCAGUCAUCCCUAGUCAUCUCAGUGUUCCCAGACAUCCGUAGUCAUCUCAGUCAUUCCCUUCCCUAGUCAUUCCCGUUAUCCCGGUCAUGCCAGGCAUCCUGCUUAUCUCAGUCAUCCCAGUAAUCCCGAGUCGUUCUAGUCAUCCUAGUCUUCCCUAGUCAUUUCCGUCAUCUCAGUCAUCCUUAGUCAUCUCAGUCUUCCCAGACAUCCGAAGUCAUCUCUGUCAUCCCAGUCAUCUCAGUCAUCCUAGUCAUCCUAGUCUUCCCCAGUCAUUCCGUCAUCCCAGUCAUCCUAGUCUUCCCUAGUCAUUCCCGUCAUCCCAGUCAUCCCAGGUAUCCUGGUUAUCUCAGGAAUCCUAGUCAUGCCAGUCAUCCCGAUUGAUCUCAGUGAUAUCCGGCGUCCGUAAUCCUCUAUAGUCGUCCUAUUAAUUUUUGUUAUCCCGGUCAUCUUAGUUAUGUUAUUUGUCCUUAGUCAUUCCAGUAAUCCCUAGUCAUCCCUGUCAUGCAAAUCAUCUCACUUAUCGCUAGUCAUGCUAAUCAUCUUAGUCAUUCUAGUCAUCUUAGUUUUCCUAAUCAGCCUAGUCAUCCAAGUUAUCUCUAGGUCUUCCAAUGAUGUUACUGAUCCCAGUCAUCCCGAUCAUUCCAUUCUUUUAGUACAUGCUAAUAGGCGCGUACUCCUGCUAGCAUAUAUAGCACAAUUUAUUUAUAAUUGGAUUAGAAUGGAGAGAUUUUUUGAUCAACGGGUCUCUUGAGGAUGAUUUUGUGAUAGAAAUCUUUUUUAGUAAAUGUUUGGGGAAAAACAAACAAACAACACAUUUUUAAGUUUUCAUAUCAUCAUAAAACUCGAUUUACGUCUCUUUCUCCCGGUUGGUCUUUCUACCUCCCUUUGGUGGAAGGGGGAGAUGAAAGAUCGUGUUAAAGAGUUUUAUCCAAGGCACGUUGGUGAAGUGGCCUAUACAAUGAGGCUAGAAGAUGAGUCUUUGGAUGAAAUCAUAUGGUGCGAUAGGUCAAAGGAAGCUCUUUAAGGGGUAUUUCGCAUGUUACCAUAUGGUUUCACGCAGUUUUACGAAAGAAAAUUGUAGAUUUUACCUUAAAUUUGUAAUUCUUGGCAGCGAGAGGGUAAAAUUUACAUCCAAGUUUGCGAAAUUAAAACUGACUUUCUGCUUUCGUACUUACUAGAACCCUGGGGUCCAGGCCUCAGCAUCUUUAGCUCUGGCGGUUAUGUCCGAGAAUCUCAGCAGUAGAGACGUGGUAGGGAAACUGGGUAAGAGUUCUCUCUUGUUUUCUAUAGUUUGCAUCAACACGAGAUAAAAAAAUAUUUUCCAUAUUCGAACAAAAACUGCUUCAUCAGGUUCUUAUGGUUUGUCUUUUUUUAUUUUCAACUUUAUUCAACUGUCAGCUUGCUGUCAGCAGUUGAGUAUUUCUAGAACUACAGCAAGUGUAUCGCCCUUAUUGUUAUUUUGUUAGCGCAUUGACGUUUCUAUGGGGUUUGCCUUGUAUAGCAUUUAGCGUUUUUGGAUGAUAUUCCAAAGAGGGGUCAAAGAAGUGAGCUGGAAAAACGAUGCAACAAAUAUUGCAUAUUGUUUGGCGAGAUAGAGGUAGUUGAGGCGAUUUGAGGUGUGUUUUUUAUGGUUCGAGUGUUGAAAAGUCACCUCCGAUAACUCCGAAAUAGAGUUGAGACGGAGGUCUUUUGGGGUUAUUAUACGUUUCUGGGAAACUACCCACCGAUCCCUCUCCUAAGCCUACAUUUUGCCCUGAGUGAGAAGUAAUCCGUAUUUUGUAUAGAUACCGGGAAAAUGGAUGUAAAAGUGAGAUAUGAUGUAACUAUUUCCAGAGUGACAGAAACGAUUUCGUUUGAUUCCAGACGGUAUUCCACAAUUAAUUAAUCUACUCAACAACGACAACCCUGAUGUAAAGGAAGGCGCAACACUCGCCCUGGCGAACAUAACCACUGCUAACAACACAAACUGCGGGUAAGUUUAUUUGUUUUUAGAUGUUUGCUGACCAAGUCAGACACUCAUUCCGUUUCCCUAUUGUAUUAAAAGAAAUCUAAGUAUAAAAUGAAAAAAACAGUGUUGACUUAAGAACCUCUUCUGUUAACACUUUCACUCUUAUCGGUGACCAAAGUAAAAAUUCCCAUUUUUUUGGUAGUACGUGAAAGUUCGACCGAAGAGGUUUCGUAUGAGUAUCAAGUCGCCCGAAGGUCAUCUCUCGUUGUAAAGUCGAACGUCAUGUUAGGGUGAAGUUUUGUUAAAAAUAAAUUCGCCCGCUAUGAAGUAUUCCAGAAAUAUCACUGUGACUUAUGCUAACAAUAGCUUUCAGGAACGCAAUAAUCGUGAUACAGUAAGAAGUCCUCCUAACCGACACUCUCGUAAGCGGGCAGCUCUAGUUACAGCCGCCUUCAGAUAACCCCGUUUUUCUUAACUCCUAUUCAAACUCUGUAUUUUUACAUUCCCAAAAGCGGCCAGUUCCAGUUAAGGACACUUUUUUCGCGUUCCGAGGAUACCCCGCUUACGAGAACUUCCGCUUAAUACGGUCCGUUUUGACGUUUUAUGUGUUUGUAGUGACGUGGUAGACAAGGGAGGUGUUGAACCGCUCAUCACUCUUCUGAAUGACGCCAAGCAGCUGGUUCAAGCCAAUGCCGCUGUGUGCCUCACCAAUCUAGCUACUGAAGGUAUGUUAAGUUACAGUUUUUCUAGAGGAGUGGAGAGUGGAAGGGGUGUAAGUGGUGUGCAGUAUUGAAUUUCCCCUACCCCACCCCUCACUUCCGUCUUCAAUUCGAUCAAAGUACACUGGAGUUAUCCGUAAUCUCAUUUUUUGUCCUAGAAUUGGUUGGAUCACUAGUAGAGAGCUUCAGAUUUGAGGACGAAAACGUGUACAAGUACAAGAUUUAACUCAAAGUUUUUGCGCGUGUUGUAAAAAAAAAAAGACACCCCGGGAAGCUUCAUUUUACUUUUUCUCACCAACAAAGUUAGUGCGGUUAUUUCCACUGAAGGAGGUUAAGCCCUCUCCCGAUAGCAAAAUGAUAAAACCUCUUACAUUUGAUAACUUGUUCCCGCCACUACGACAUUCUCGCUAAAACUCGUAGUAGAAUGACGACGGCUAUCACGUUUUCCCGCCAAAAUGACGCUGAUUCACGCGUUUAAGCUCUCUAAUUGUUUUGUGUUUCCUAAAAUUCCUCAUUGGUUUCGUGAACCUUCUUUUAGAGUCUUGGAGAUCCGAGAUUCAGCAGAGAGGAGUUGUUCCAGCUCUUGUCCAAGCGUUACAGUCUAAGUAAGUAGAAACAUUUUGAAAAUCCACUACCUUUUGUCAGGAGGAAUUAUCUCUGAUUGAUUAUGAUAGCCGAUAAACGUAGUGAAUUUUGUAAUUUAAACCCACAAGAACCUGUUCAUACGGAGCCGUCACACAUGAACCUAUAGUGAAUAGCCCAAUUCUUACCAUGAAAUUCACAACUGGACCACUUCAACCCGAUCUUCAAAUGAUGAAUAUUAUUUCUUUUGUACAGCGCCGCAAUAGUACAAAGUAAAGCUGGAAUCGCUGUGGCUGCCUUCGUGUGCGACGCUGACUCAAGAAAUGAGGUGAGCAUAACACUGACUUUUAGAGUCCAUUCUAAAGGUUUGUAUCGUAAUUUUGAUCGGUAAAUCUUAACUUAAAAGGAGUUUUCCCUUCUGAUACUUGUCAAUAAAGGGGGCUCAGUAUGCGAUUUACAUGCGAACAAGUAAGAUUACACCUAACCCAUCUGUUGACAUUCCACUUACGCUAUGCUACUGAGCAAAAAAGACCACAACUUACGAAAAAAAAUAAUAGAAGGACAAAACACUCAUUUACAAUCUUCUUAGUACUUUUGACUCCAGCUUCCUCUUGCAAAGUGAUGGUUACUACUCGAACUGUCUCUCUAGUUGCACUUGUCAACCUUCAAAUUACUGUGACAGUAGCGAACUUAAGCAAACAAGAACGCUGACGUCCUGGGCCACCUUGCAUAGAACUUCUUAAGAUAAGAGGGUUCUUAACUUUUGUUCUGACACAAUAACCUAUUGUUUUAAGAUAAUAACUACGAGUUCCCUUAAUCUUAAGAUGUUUUUUUUUUUUGCAACCCGACCCCGGACGUCAUGAAUAACAACUGGAAGUUCGAUGUCUCGCACAACGAAUCUGAAUUCCUUAACUGAAUUCCUUUGUUUUGACUCCUGCUCAACGAAUUUGAAGAGUUAGAGCACUGAAAGAGAGAAAUCAACUUUUGACGCUCGGGACGUCAACGUUCUCGGUGCUUAAGGACCCUAGUUACUCUUAAUAUUAACCUUAGAACAUGUUGAAAACCUUAACGCGUAUAUUUUGGACGCGUAAUGUAGGCUAUCACUAGCAGAAGUUUAUAUUUUUUUCUGUCUCAUUUGCUCUGACAGUUCCGCGCGGAAGGUGGCCUUCCUCGUCUGGUUGAGUUAUUGCGUUCAGGCAAUGAUGAUGUAAGACGGAGCGUGGCCUGGGCCGUGCUUCAGUGUGGUAACGAUCUACCAACCGCUACAGAGAUUUGUAGACUGGGGUGAGAAAAAAUUUUGCGAUAGAAAUUCUUUGAUUUUCUUUGUUUUUGAAAGUUUUCAAGAAGAACCUAAAUCAGGAGAUGGGCUCCUGCCUAAAUCUGAUGCUCAGCUGAUAAUUGGGAUGUUAAGAAUGUUUUUGCGGCGUUUUGUCUGUAAUUAAGUUGUAUGAUGCAGUUCGGUUAUUUCAUUUUUAUGUUAUUCAUUAUUUUUGCCUUUCGUUAAUUGGGUAAGUUGUGGUUAAAACUUUUUGAUGGUUUAAAAUUUUGUCAUAGCUUAAGACAAAGGCAAAAACGUUAAGCUGAUUUCGUGAGAAAUUUCAAAUCAUGCAAAAAUGUUAAACAUGUGUAUAUUGGCCCAUAAAUCGGCUUUCACCCUGUAAGCCGUAAGAGUGAUCAGAAUGAAAUUUCUCCUUGUAAUAUCCCUGCUCUAUAAAAUAAGGUGAUCAGGAGAAUUGAGCAUCAAUGAUCACAAAUUGAUACUUCAACAAAUUUUUCCCCACUACUUCUAGUGAAUGAAAACUUAUAGGGACAACAAAUGAGAAUUUGAGUUUUGAUAUUAGGGUUUGUUUGCUUUAAUCUGUAGUGGUUUGGAUGUGUUAGGAGAGAUUUCCUUGUCUAGUUCCCGCCAGUCUGGUUUUGCGAAAGCCGCCAUGGAGUGUCUCCUGGACAGUAACCUUCCCGCAAAGUACGCUCUGACAGGCUCUCUGAGUUCCAACAACAUCAUACAGGAUGGAUUCUACGAUUGUGGACCGGUAAACGUUCUGUUCAAGUUAAGCGCACAGAUCGCUCUAGCAAUUUAUAAGACAGAACGGCAUAAAGUGAACGGCAGCCGGUUCGAGAGACCACGAUGGUGUACUUGUUUUUGUAGCAGAUAAGUAGUGGGAAAAUUAUACAGAACAGAGCAGCUGGGAUUAAAAUGUGCAACGUGAUAGUUCUUUCUACUCUUGGUUGAACUCUCUCCACCGUCUUUCUGUCACCGCUGACUCUCACUUUCACUUUUCGCCCGAAGAAAAGCAAACAUUUAACAAACAAAAGUAUAGAAAUUGUAAUAAUAAAAAAUUAAACACGCACCAACAAGAACUUGUCUUCGUGUUUUACACGCUAUCCAACUAUUGUAGCUGGUUUAUGCAGCCGCAAAGCUCUGUAAUAUGUCUCGAAAUGCCAGUCACAAGACUUUUGCUCAUUUCAAACAAAAUUCUACGGCCAAUUCUUUUUAGUGACGUCAUAAACGGUUUUGACGCAACGCACGCGCAUGUAUUUUUCUCGCUUCGCGCGCACCUCACGCUGCUUUACGGAAAAGAAAAAAAAACGGAAUUCUCGAACGUUAGCCUUUUGACUGAGUUUGUUGUCGAGGAAAACAGUGGCGUCAUAAACAGUUUUGACGCACGCACGCGCAUAUUUUUUUCUGGUUCACUCGCACGUUACGGGAAACUAUAACAUAAAGCAUAAACUCAAUCCAGAAACGGCUUCCAAAGUUUUAUAGUUUUAUUCGUUUGGGGCAAAUCUUAUACACAGUAAAAAGAACACAAUUCAUGAACAGUAAAGUGAAAAGUUGUUUGUGGCAUUCAGUCAAGUUCAUGUGAUAAGAAACGUUUAAGGUAACUCAACAACAAAUUUUUAGAAUGAAGCUAAGUGUGGUGUGGUUAUGUAUUUGUUUAGAUUCGCCCUGAUAGCCGGUUCUUGACACUUGAGGAGCUCAGUUCACAGCCAACAGAUGCUCACCGACCGAUAAUUCUUGUCAACUCCAAAAACCCCGAAAGGUAAGCCAUUACGACGAGUAGUUUCAAUAUCUCAUUACCAAGUAAUCAAGAGAUUUCUUCAAUUCUUUUACUUUCGAGAGUAUCAAUAAGUUAUGCUCAAAUCCAAACUUUGGCUUUGAAAAUAUUGCCGACGACGUUUCUUGACAUGGCCACACUUUGGGAUUUCAUCCACAGACCCAAACGGCAGACCCACGUUGUACAGCAUAAUAUCUAGCACCAUUGGAAAGCUUGCAUUUGAAUGAUCAAAUUUACGGAUUUUAUCCACAGACUCAAAAAUAGUACCACAGGAAAGUACUGCUCAGUUGCUUUCAUUUGAAUGGUCUCGCCAUAGGCUUUUUUUAGUAGAGGAGACCUUGUGAUGUGAUUUUCGCCCGUGAGCUUCCAAGCCUGUUGAUCGUUGAGUUUGUUUGUUUGUUUUCUUCUUUUCGUUUCUUCAGAAAAACUCCUUCGCCCGUUCUCGCUCCCAAAGAGCCAGAAAAAAGCCCAGAAAGACUCGCAAAGGGAUCAAAAUCCAGCAAAGACUUGAAGAAGUUAGUAACCAUGGUCUUGUUGUUCUACUUUAUUGCGAACAAUAACGAAGGUCGAUACUUCUGCGAAGAGCAGAGUUUCAUUAUUUCUGUGGGAAAGCCAGGUUUCUGCUAACUCAACACUUCUACCUUUUUGCUGAAAGACUUUUGUCACACACGCUGAUUUUGCAAGAGUAUACAGUCAUCUGCUUUAAAACGUAAACCAUUGGCGCAGUACUCGGUGAGGGCCUUUGCAUUUGAGAGUGUCAAAAAGACUGAGUGACGAGUGGCCUCCCACGUAGGCGUUUUAAGGCGAGCUGGUAUUUCGUCCCUCCCCUCAAACGCCUUCUCAACCUAGAACAACAUUCUUUUCCCAUGCUUAGCCAAUAACAUUGUACUUUCCAAAUUCUGGAAAGUUGACCUUGACCGCAGGGUAACCCGAUAAAUACUCGAUCUGUAUGAAACACUGGGAAAGCUUUAUGACCUUUAGUAAAUGAUAGACUCAGAGCGACAAAAGUAAGAUGUAGUCAGAUUUUAGAAUACUCCGUGCACUGCAUAACCUUAAAGGAAGGAAAGAAUAGAAGGAAAAGGUAUCUCUAGGGUCACGUUUUUACACUACCACGAGUUAAUGAGUCGUGUUUAGCCUGUCAACACUUUAUUUCAAAACUUUUGAUUGGUCACUUACCACGCGAAUAAAACAAUGGGAAAGGAAUGUUGUUCUCGGUUGAGCAGGCGUUUGUGGGGAGGGAAAAAAUACGAGCUCCCCGAAAAACGCAUGCUGAAGUUAAGUUUCCAUUUUUGAAGAGAAAGUUACUCGUAUCUCAGUCUGUUUUGAGAGAUGGCUUAUUCUUCUGUCCUUUCCUUCAGUAAAAGUAAGAUCACGCGUGAACGAGAGGAGCAAAAACAAAAGGAAGAAGAGGCCGCUUUGUCCGAGGUCUCAGCCACGCAACAGGAGGAGGUACCCACCUGGCAGCCCCCUACUGAUGAGGUUCUACAUGGCUAUAUUGAGGAGGUUCGGAACACUAUCCAACCCCUUAGCAGCAGUAGCGAGCAGAUAGUAGCUCUUGCAAGGUAAAUAAAUAUCUGUAUGGGACUUAACCCUUUGACAUCCAAUAGUGACCAACAUCAAUUUUCUCCUAACAAUAACCAAACAUUGUCAAGAGAAAUGGUUAUAAGAAUGAAUAAAAUGAUCACCAAAGAGAAAAUGCUUUGAUCUUUUAUCAAAUUCUCUCCACUGAUCUUAAAGGGAAUGUACGAAGAUCAGUCUGGAGAAUUUGUAUGGGGAACGGAGCAACGGGCGGGACGUGUUAUAGGGGUGCUUACCAUUGAGCGAAAAAUCCCAAAUCUGUCGGACGGAACCGAAGAAUUAUUGUAGAGUCUUUUUUUUCGGAAAUUCCGACCGGAAAAUAAGGAGUACGUACCGUAAUUUACCAUUUCCGUGAGGAAACCGAUAUUUUUACGAAGCAAAACUAAGGACUUAUAAAUUUCUGUCGAUAACUGCGUAUAAAAUUUCCACAAUUCGGGUUUAUUUCCGGAAAAAUAAAGCCGCCAAAGCCAGGGAACACGAAUUUCCUUUUGGAACAUUCCGACUGGGAAACCUCUUUAGACGUGCCGUUUGGUGCUGAAAAGUUUCCACUGGAACGACCUGAAAAGCCUUGUUUGAUUUACUUUCCAACCGAAAUUCCCGGAAACUUUUGUGAAUGGUAAAUCAUUUCAGUUGCCCUUUCAUUCCGGGGGAGCGAUAAUAGUCGGGUGUAUUCGCAGACUAGGUUGGUCUGAACCGAAUGGAAUUUAUCUUUUCAUUCACCUCUUUCUUACGCUGACGUCACGUAUUGAUGCCAACCAGAAGCGCAUUGGUUCUGUAACAGAAGAUUCUUUUGUUUCAUUCGUUACAAAUUUGAAAAACAAAAACAAUAAUUGCAAACAGUGAUGUCUCCUAUUCCAGAUUGAAACUGAUGAAUCGCUAACCAUCUGACGAUGGGUACUCCAUCCAGAUUUUUCAGUCAAAUAGAAGGCCCUCAAGGUGUUGCUUCGCACCCAGGUGCUUCUUGGGAUUUUCGACAGGUAGUCGCGGCGCAAAGAUCAAGGGAAGGCUUCAAAAACGCAGAGGAACAACUGAAGGCUCAACGUGAAUUUUUCGUCCUUCCCAUUACCCCUUGCGCCGCAUUGCAAUUACCGCUGAAAAUCCCAAGAAGCGCCUGGGUACCAGGCAGCCCAAGGUGUCCUUUUCAGCAAGGUGACUUAUAAAAGUUAGAAAGAGUUGACUGUAUUGUGGUAUAUAACCCUGUUUGAUGUCAUUUCUUUGCAGCUUUGUCAGUGAUAAGAUGGGUGGCCCUGUGGACCGAGAAUCGCUCUCGACGUUUAGUUAUGAACUACCCAUUGGUCAACUAAAAGUCGAGCUGAACUCCAAUAUCAUUCCUAUUGGCAAGAUACAAACUGGAAUAUUUUAUCACCGAGCUUUGCUUUUUAAGGUAAAUUAAGGCUACUUUCACACGGCACUGGACGAAUUUCGACCUGCUGAAAAGUUGACCAGACUUGGUUCACACGGGACCGUUCAAUAUUUCAUUUGCCCUGUUCAAACGGAACUUUGAACGGCUUGGCGUGUAAAUCUUUGUACGGUUAGGUUGAUGACUUGUGAACAGAACACCUUACUGCACUUAGCCUAAAACGGUUGAUUUUCACAAUUGUUUAGUACCAACAGAAUUGUCAAAGAGUCGGUCCCAUGUGCCUUUGUAGAAAGAUAUAACUAGUCGAGUACCGAGUUACUAUGGCGACUUAUAUCAUAGAGAAAUAAAAAUGUUUGCUUAACUAUAAGCCAGAACUAUGUAUUGUUGCUAGUGAAUAUGAGAUGGUGAUCUUUAAGCGACUUCUGAGGCGAAAAUUAAAAUAUCAUUUUUCAUCUAUGACCCAGUGGAAACCAAGCGUGCUGUUUGUUUUGUAGGCUCUUGCAGACCGCAUUGCUCUGAGCUGUUCGCUGGUUCGAGGAGAGUACAAUAGGGCUUGGAACGAGGUGAUGCUUUGCGAUGAAGCACAGGUAAGAAGACGACCUAUGUCGCUUAAUCCCAACCACCCUGCUUUGUAUGCACCAUUUUGAGGAGUUGAUAACACGAACUACUACUGUACUCUACUCUUUCUAGAGAGCUUUCCCUUUAUUUAUAGAGACCUUAAGAUCGAGGUUUUGCCAUCUUGCCGCACACUGCAAUCCGUGGUUUGCGGUUAUCGGGUUCACGUUACCCGUCUGCCCAAAUUUAGGAAUUAAGAUUCGCGGCUGGUACCUCGCGGCUACCAUGUUUGUUUUUUUAUCCAUUCGUUCACUUCCAUUUUAGCUGAGAAAUCCUCUUCAAAGUCACGUUUCUAUGAAAAAUAGUUCAAUAAUUAAUUAGCAAAAGAUUUCUAAAAAAGAGUAUUUUCUCUCAAACGUGGAAUUGUGAUGUUUUAGAGUGCAAAAAACCUUGCGGUAAAUCACUUACCUCUGGAGCGCGCUCUAGCCGUACAAACGUGAACCUCAAACCGCAAUCCUGACGGCAAGGCACUAGUCACGUGACUUCUUGACGUUUGCAGUUCGCGGGAAAUGCCGAAAAACCUCGAUCUUAAGGUCUCUAUUAACUACGUCAGGUUCUGGUUUCUCGAAAGUUGGAUAGAACUAUUCACCUGAUAAACCGCUAUCCAGCGGAUAAAUAUUACGAAAACCAAUUGAACUAUCCUCUGGAUAAUGUUUUUUUCCGUUGGAUAGCACUAUCGACCUCUUGAACAGCUAAGGCCUGUUCGCCAAGAGCCCGUUGCGUCACAUUCUUUUCUCAGUUCCCAUUUUUUACCUCUUUGCAUAUGAGUUGAACCAGCAAAUUAAAACCUUGAUCGACCGUAAUGACCCUUGUUGCUAGCCACCUAGACAGAGCAUCUUAGUCCUUUGUCAAGCGUUCCUCUCCCUGGAACGGUCGUGGGUGAGGAACGCGUCACGAAGCCCUAAUAACGUCUGCAUAGGUGUCCUUGCAAAAGUGACUAAUGAAAAGAAAAAACGCGAUGACCAACCCGUUAGUGGAGUCUUCACCGUGUCUUUAAAAUGUUGUCAGGAGAUGAUUUUCGGCUUAACUUUUUGUGUUUGUGUGUUUAUAGGAUGGCCAACCUAAGUUUCCUCCUAAAACUUACAUUGUGGAUCUGAUGCACCUCCCUGGCAGACUUAUGAGUACCGACUCGCCCGAGGCCUCUCUCUACCAAAGGCUCUAGUAGUUUUCAGUUCACGCCUAAUAGCAUUUUGACGUAGUAGAGUAGUGUUUGCCUUUUGAUGUGGCCUUCGCGACUAAAAUUUCAACUAGUCUCCAAAUAGUUCAGAUUUAUGUCGCGUUAUAAACCAGCAUUAAAUCUCUCUUGGAAGAUGGAGAAGAACAAACGCAGAUCAGAGUAGAAAGCCUGAGAUUUACAGGAAAAAUCUCUUGUUAAAUAAUGCCAAGGUUUAAAGUUUAUACACAGCCAAUCAACUGAUUUAUUAGUAGAAACCUUCUUAUCCGC